GCGCGCUGAUGAGGCGCUGGGCACGCGCCGGCCAUGCUGCUGCCGCCGUGCGUGCGGGGGGCCGUGCGCCGCCUGGGCCGGGGCCCGCCCUGGGCCCGGGGCUGCCCGCCCUGGGCCCGGGGCUGCUCGGCGCGGAGCCGCGGGGCGGGCGGGAAGGGUCUUGUUCUGGGAGUCUACUCCAGUGAAAAGGAGGAAGGCGCUGCCCGGUUCACUAGCGCUGGAGAUGCUUUUGAUAGGCUCGUGUCUGGAAAACUAAGGGAGCUUCUGUCUGUAUCUGGGCCACCUUUGAAGAAAGGCAAGACACGAAUAUUCCAUGGUUUGCAUCAGGACUUUCCGAGUGUGAUUGUAGUUGGCUUGGGUAAGCAGAAUGCUGGAGUAAAUGACCAAGAAAACUGGAAUGAAGACAAAGAAAAUGUUCGUGCAGCUGUUGCAGUUGGCUGUAGACAGAUGCAAGACCUGGAAGUCCCUUGUGUUGAAGUAGAUCCUUGUGGAGAUGCUCAAGCGGCUGCAGAAGGUGCUGUCCUUGGAUUGUAUGAAUAUAAUGAGCUGAAGCAAAAAAAGAAGCCUGUAGUUACUCCUCAGCUUCAUGGAAGUGCUGAAAGUGAAGCCUGGCAAAAAGGUGUUAUCUACGCUGAGGGUCAGAACCUCGCUCGAUACCUUAUGGAGGCUCCAGCUAAUUAUGUAACUCCAAUCAAAUUUGCUGAACAUAUUGAACAGAAGCUCAGAAGUUUCAGCAAUGUGAAGGUCCAUAUAAGACCAGAGUCUUGGAUAGCAACACAACAGAUGGGAGCGUUCCUGAGUGUAGCUAAGGGUUCGGCUGAACCUCCCGUCUUUCUGGAGAUUCACUAUUCGGGUGGUGCUAAUACGAAUGACUCCCCGUUGGUAUUUGUAGGAAAAGGAGUUACAUUUGACAGUGGUGGCAUUUCACUGAAACCGUCAUCGGGUAUGGAUGCGAUGAGAGCAGAUAUGGGAGGGGCAGCAACUAUUUGCUCAGCCGUUGUGACAGCAGCAGCUUUAAAUCUGCCUCAAAACAUAAUUGGUUUGGCACCCCUCUGCGAAAAUAUGCCCAGUGGUAAGGCAAACAAGCCUGGGGAUGUUGUUAGAGCCAAGAAUGGGAAAACAAUACAGGUAGAUAACACAGAUGCUGAAGGAAGACUGCUGUUAGCUGAUGCUCUCUGUUAUGCCCACAAUUUUAAUGCAAGGGCUAUUGUGAAUGCUGCAACAUUAACAGGUGCCAUGGAUGUUGCAUUGGGGUCCGCUGCAACCGGAGUGUUCACAAACUCAUCUUGGCUUUGGACUCACCUUUAUGAGGCCAGCAUUUUGACAGGAGACAGAGUUUGGAGAAUGCCUCUUUUUGAACAUUACACAAAACAAGUAACAGACUGUCCUCUGGCAGAUCUGAGUAAUAUUGGAAAGUACAGCAGAGCCGGAGGAGCAUGCACAGCUGCUGCAUUCCUGAAGGAAUUUGUGACUGCCUCUCACUGGGCUCAUUUAGAUAUUGCUGGUGUGAUGUCGAAUAAAGAUGAGGUGCCCUAUCUUCGAAAAGGCAUGGCAGGGCGGCCUACAAGAACCUUAGUAGAGUUUGUGGCUCGAUUAAGUCAGGACAGUCACAAUAAAUAAUAAAACACUUAUUCUAAAAUCACCCACUCUGCCUUAAGAAAUUUAAAAGUAUUAUUCAUAAAUGAGAGCCCCAGGAAUAUUUUCAUCAUGGCAAUGAAUGACAGAUGUAUUUUACAAAUCAUUACUUGGGUAAGAGCAUCUUGCCUUUGAGAUUUAUCAUCCCAUAUUGUGCAGUUUAAAAUAAAUAUUCUGUUUGAACUAUUGAGAUAUUUAGUACCAAAAAAAUUAUGAUGGAAAACCUCUCAACUCCAAUUUUAUAUGUAAAGUAAGCAUCCUUAUUGCAAACAAUAAAUCUCUUAUUUGA